AUGAGAGGGAAGACAGAUAGGUCGCUGUAGUAGAAAUCUGCGGCCACUUCCAGUAGCUAAUUUUGUAACAUGGCGAACGUUUCGGUGUAGUUGUUAAAUCGUGACGGCUGUUGUAUAGGCGUGGAUGGUAAAUGAAGUUGUGGAAAUUCGUGAAAAUCGACACGAAAAACUGUCGGACAAUUCUUGUGUGGUGAUGUUUGAGGACUGUGUGUGAAGUUAAUUGUGCUUUUCAUUGAAAAAAAACGUCAAAAUGAGUUCGCUUUGACGGGUUACGUGUGCUAGUUCGCAGUCGAACCUAUUUUUCGAUUAGUCGAUGCGAUUUGCGAUUCGGUCGAUCAGUGCAGUUCGUGAACGGCUCGCGAUGGAGUUUGACAUCGAUCAGUUUUGUAAGGAUAUCGAGACGGAGUUUGACGUGACCUUGAGAAGGACCGACUCGCUAAAUGACGACGAACAAAACGACGAGGAGCCCAAAAAGGAGUGGCAGGAGUAUUGGGCAUGUGAGCAAUCGAUAGCAAGCGCCAGGGCCAGCGUGAUGAUAUACGACGAUCUCAACAAAAAAUGGGUUCCCUCAGGGUCCUCGUCGGGACUCUCCAAGGUCCACAUCUACCAGCACACCAUACAACAGACGUUCAGGGUGGUGGGAAGGAAGUUACACGAUCACGAGGUCGUUAUAAAUUGUGCCAUUCUCAAAGGACUGAAAUACAAUCAAGCCACAGCCACAUUCCACCAGUGGCGGGACAACAAGCAGGUUUACGGUUUAAAUUUUAGCUCCAAAGAAGACGCCGAUUGUUUUGCGAAAGCAAUGUUUAGAUCUUUAGAAGUACUUAGCAACAUAGUCAGGCAACCGCAGCCCGUGGGCUACGCGCCUGGCAUGCCGCAACCCAUGCAGCAGCAAAUGGCGCCCAAUCACCAGAUGGUGCCGCCUGGGCAGCAGCAGCAGCAACACCCGCCCCCGCAAAUGAUGCCCCAAAUGCCGCCGCAGGUGCCGCCCCACAACCAUUUCGACGAAGACAUGGGAUACAGAACCAUGACGAGAGAAGAUGUGGCCAUGAUCCAGGUAAAAGAUAAUGAACGCAGAACGUCGGCGUCUAUCCUUUCGCCGCAGCAGCAGCAGCAGCAGCAGCAGCAGACGUCUCCGAUGACGCCGCAAAGCCAGGUGCAAAGUCAAGCGCCCGCCCCGCCCGCCAUGCCGUUGGGCGGCGGGCAGCCGGCGCCCAGUCCCGCCUCGCCGCCGCAGAUGCAGCAGCAGGCGGCCAACGGCCACCAGAGGAACUCGAGCGCCCCGCCCGCGCCGCCACCUCCGCCCCUCGGCGGACCGCCGACGGCGCCGCCGGCGUCGGGCGCCCCCGGAGCCGGCGGCGGGCCGCCUCCGCCGCCGCCACCGCCGAUGAACAUGACGAGAAGUCAGAGCAGCGACGGCGGCGAGAUUAAUUCGCUGGCUGCGCAGCUGCAGGGUGCAAGGCUCAAACGAAACAGCAAGAAUACACCACCACCAACGGAAAACAGUGGCUCGUCGACGAGUAGCGGGGGCAGUAACUACGGCACCCUUGGUAGGGGCGGGGGCGGUAGCAUGGCCUCCAUGAUGGACGAGAUGGCCAAAACACUGGCCAGGAGGAGAGCAGUCGUGGACAAAAAGGUGGUGGUGGACAAGGAGGACGAGGAGAAGAAAGCGAUGUGGGAGAAGACGAACACGCUGCCCGCAAACGCCAUGUCCAAGUUCGGCGGCGGGGAUUCCCCGAAGAGCGUCCGGAAACGGUUCGGGUCCGCUUCGGAGGAGACGAUCCUGAAGGUGAACGGACUGUCGUGCGAGGUGGGCGCCAAUUUGUCGCUCGGCCCCGCCGAAAUCGACACCCUCAAAAACGAGAUCGUCAAGGAGGUGAAGAAGGAGAUCGCCAAACUUAAACAGGACAUUUUAGACGCAAUCAAAACGGAACUGAAUCGAAGGUAAUUUACUAUAUCACCAACAAAAUGGAACAAUAAUUGUAUUUAUUAUAUUAAUCGGCGCCUCGCUGCGUUCGCUGUGGAAAAAUUGACGUUGAAAUGUUUUUUGUAUAAUUUUUACACUCCUCGUGCGACAAUUAACGCUAGUGAAAUAAUAGUAAAACUUUUACCGCGAUAAAACCGCUCUCAAUAACGUAACAUCAGUUUAUAAAUAAUUUAUCCAAGUUUGUUGUUAUUUAAUGUUUCCUAUAAUGCGGCGAGUUUUUUUCUGCGAAUCAAACGUUUUUAUAUUAAAGGCGGAGUUGUUUGACAAAAUAAUUUUCAAUAUAAAAAUCGGAUUAUUGUGUAGACAAUUUUGCUGGUGUGGUUGUGUAAUGGGCCGACUUUCAACACUUUCCACUUUUAUUACUUUUAUUUAUUUAUUAGCUCAAGUUGUUGGUCGAAAGUCGGUUUUUUGUUGAUAGUAACUAUUGGCCGAGUUUUAAUGUAACGCUAUACCUAUAGAUGUCGUGAAAUAUAGAGCACUUUUUUAUAAGUUUUUAACAUAGUAUUUAUUUUAAUAUUAUAUAAGUUAUAUUAUUGAAUAAUCGAAAUGUUUUAGUGAUUCCUAUUUGGCGGCCCGCGCUCAAAAAUAUGCAUUUCGGACGGAGGCAGAACAAAACCGCUAGAUAAAUAGUUCUAGUCAAAAGUAAUAGCAAAUAACGCGUAGAAAAACAUAUCCGAUUUAAAAAUAUUGAAUGCAUUGGAAAUUGGUGCGAAAUGAAUGUUUUUUUGGUGUGUGCGCCGCACAGUUUUUGUAAAUAAAAUAGAUAGUUAAGGGACUUCCAUCAAACAGACAUUUGACAUUGAUGAUUUUUUAUUUAUUUUUUUACUUCAUCGCCCUCCAUUUUUAACCAUUUCACAUUAAACGGUUUUGUUCAGUAUUUAGGUAGGUGCCAAUGUUUGGAAUUUGUGGGGGGCAGCCUGGACAAAAUUAUUGUGAACACAGAACACAAUUGUGUUUAUAAUGAUUUUUUGUGAAAUUUUUAUAUAUUAUGAGCCCCGCUAGUUGCUUAAUAAUAUAGAUUAGUGUCAAAAAUCAUAUAUACAUCGAAAACUUUCCAUUAACCAUUUUAUCGCAUUUUAUAUAACCGUAACCAGUUACGUUUGUAAUGAAGAGUACUGAAGCACUGACAUUUUUUUUACCUAAAUAACUAAGUGGUUGCCUUUUUUUGCGGGGAUCAAGUUCGCCAAAGCGUAACCAAAUUUAUUCCAAAGUUGAGUCUCCUGUUUGAAAUUUAAGCGAUAUUUUUCGUUUGGCGACUGAACUAAGGCAAUCAUGAGACUUAGUGACGAUUCCAUCUCUUCCCGUCGAUUAAGUAGAGACUUUUUUUACCUACUCGAUGAGAAUGGUAGUUUAAAUUGAAGGUAUAAUAAUUAUUGUAAGUGGUUUGUAUAAAACAUAAUCAGUGAUGAAAGGUUUAUAAUAUUUUUGUUUUAUAUAUUAUAUAACUUUGUGAUAUUGUAUGAAUAGACCAAAGUCAUUUUGUAGCUGUCCAAUAAUUGCGUAUGUCUAGGAAUAACUAUUUUAGUGGAGAACACAAAAUGACUCGGGAUCUUGUAUUAACUUCGCAUUUAUUUUAGGCGAACAUUUUUUCAAUUCAAUUGAAUUAUUAUUUCUUAGUUCAUUUUUUUGUCAUGUGAUCUCAAGUCAAAAUUAUAGCACAAUUUUUCUAUAAUUUCUAUAUUUAUAUUUCAAUGUGUUUUAUCUGUAACCCAAGUUGCGUUACAAUUUUAAAAGUGUAUUUGAAUAAACAUAUUUAAAGUA